AUCAAGAAUUAGAAGACAAGAAGAUUCCGUACAAGUGAUUUGAGCGAGGAAAGAAUUUGACUGCAGUUCUUUCCUCUCCUCUCCCUCUGCUUCAUUUGCCUUUUUCGGAUUUCAUCUCCGCUUACACUGUUAUCGGGAACAAAUAUAGGACGCCACUUCCUAAAUCGAAGGUGUUGACCCAGAAAUUAUUGGUUUUUCUUGUUUUAGGAUCGUUACUAUGAAUAUCCAAAUCCAAGGACAGAGUGUUUGCCUGGUUUUAGUUUCAAUUUUACUGUUAUGGACGGGGGUGGAGUGUAUCCGAUUCGAUCUGGAGUCUGGUCACACCAAAUGCAUAGCGGAGGAUAUCAAGAGCAAUUCAAUGACAGUGGGGAAGUACCAAAUCGUAAACCUCAAUGAAGGACAACCUUUACCUGAUUCCCACAAAAUCAGUGUUCGGGUUACAUCUUCAUAUGGAAAUAGCUAUCACCAUUCGGACAAUGUAAAUGAGGGCCAUUUUGCAUUUCAUGCAGUAGAGGCAGGUGAUUACAUGGCUUGCUUUUCUUCUGCUGAUCACAAACCUUCCACUACCAUCACCAUUGACUUUGAUUGGAAGUCUGGUGUUGCUGCCAAGGAUUGGACUAAUGUUGCCAAGAAAGGCUCUGUUGAAUUAAUGGAAUUGGAAUUGAAGAAAAUGUUUGAUACAGUCCAAUCUAUCCAUGAUGAGAUGUUUUAUCUGCGUGAAAGGGAAGAAGAGAUGCAGCAACUGAAUACAUCCACGAACUCCAAAAUGGCAUGGUUGAGUUUUAUUUCGCUUUUUGUUUCCCUAUCUGUGGCUGGACUGCAGCUUUGGCAUUUGAAGUCGUUCUUUCAGAAGAAGAAGCUUAUUUAAUGUACUCCUGAAUUAUUUUAGAGUUUUCCCCCCAUUACUGUAUAAUUUUCCACCUAGAGUAUGAUGGCUUCAGUUCAACGUGAUAAAAAGAUUGUUUUGGCUAUACAUAUUUAUUUUUAUCUUGGACAAUUUACACAUGCUGUGGAGGGUUAGGACGCAAACUGUAGAAAUGAGGCUGCAUGCCUCUACCCUCUGAAAACAGCUUUGUUGUAUGCUUAGCAUUUGCCAUUUGCCACUUAAUGCAUCCCAGAUUUCCAGUGAAA